UUUGAUACAAAUUACAAACAUGUGAAGACCCGUUAAUGAGUCAUAUUAAAGCCACAAAAUGGAUCAAUUGCACACAAAGCUGGAAAACCACAAAAUCUGCUAGCUUUAUCCAUUUAUAUAUACAUUAGUCGAUCUCAAGUGUGUAGUCAGACAAAUAAUAUAAUUCAUGUAUUAUAUUAGCCAAAAUUCUAUUUUUAAUCUUCGAUAAAUGCAACCGACUUGACAAUGAAUUUUGCAGUGCAGUAUUUUCGGGAAACGAUUUCCCUAUUUUUUGAAUAUGAUACCCCAAAAAUUGUUCAUAUUAAAAGUAAAAAGAUCGGUAUCAUUAAUCGCUUGUUUCAGCUCGUUAUUAUUGGGUAUAUUGUUGGAUUUGCCAUUGUGUACAAGAAGGGUUAUCAGGAAUCCUGUCCUGUGGAUUCGGUUGUAACGACUAAAGUUAAGGGAACACUAUUCACGGGGAACAUAUCAAGCGGCGAAUUGGGAAUUUCUCCGAACUUUAGUCACUUGUAUCAGAGGAUUUGGGACCCUACAGAUUAUGUGAUACCAGCUUCUGGAGGGGAUCAAGGGGGCUUCUUUAUCCUCACAAACGUAGUGAUCACACCGAAUCAGUCGAGGGGCGUAUGUCCAGAGGACCCCAAAGUAGCAGAAGCAUGGUGUGAUACUGAUGACGAUUGCCAGACAGGUCGAUCACUGGAAGUUGGCAAUGGAGUUGAGACAGGAAAAUGCGUCAAGACUCACAGUCAUCAUUAUAACACGUUAAAAACGUGUGAAAUCUACGCUUGGUGCCCAGUAGAAAUGGAACAACUUCCUUUCAAUGGAACGAUUGCCUUGUUGGAAGGAUCCAAGCGGUUUACCGUUCUGAUUAAAAAUGUGAUACAGUUUCCCAAAUUCGGAAAACAAUACAGUCGUAGAAAUAUAUUGGAAAACAGCACACAAACUUACCUCCAAAACUGCACUUAUCACCAUGAGUCGGACCCAUUCUGUCCAGUCUUCAAAAUCGGGGACAUUGUUGAAAAUGCAGGCGAGAAUUAUACUGAAGUUGCCAUCAAGGGAGCCGUUUUCUCAAUUGGCAUUACGUGGGACUGUAAUUUGGACUUUGAUUUUAAAGAAUACUGUCGACCAAAAUAUUCGUUUCAGAGGAUGGACAGUCCAAAUGUUUUAAUUUCCCCUGGAACAAAUUUUCGUACCGGAGAAUACCACGAAGAAAAUCGUAGGACGCUGUUUAAAAAUUAUGGAAUAAAGUUCCUGGUUAAUGUGGAAGGUCAGGCUGGAAAGUUUAAUUUUGUUCCCUUACUGAUCAAUGUGGGUUCUGGGCUGGCUUUGUUGAGUUUGGCAACUAUUUUCUGUGAUAUUCUUGUAUUAAAAUGUCUCAAGCAUCGAGACUACUAUCAAGACAAAAAGUAUUUAGUAAUUAGAGGUCCCGAUGCCUUUGACCCAACAUCGGCGGACGACCACAGUAACGCUCAGUAUUCCCAAUUUGAUUGCCAACAGGGAUCACGAGAAGAAGAUUGUCGAAUUCGAAAUUUAAUACCUAAUAGCGAUUGAGGAUAACGAAAUAUAACUUUACGCUGGAUUCAAUUUUUCCUGUUGAUUUUGUCCUGCAAAAAUGGUAAUUUCGACGCAGUCAUUAGGGUGAUAACCAUACUGACUGUAUGAUAUUACCAUUACGAUAUAUAUUUAAACUUUAUCAAAUAAGCUUACUUACAAGUCUGAGUCAUAAAAUAAGUAAAUAAAUGAAUGACACGAAUUUUGAUAAGAACGUUAA